UGCAAAUACAUCAGAUCACAAGCUCUAAAGCGACUCAACUUUGUACCAAUCUGUACCACAGGACAGUAAAAGUUCAUCGAUGGAGUCUUCUAACCUCAAAAGCUCAACUUCCAAUCACCGCAAACAAUCAUUGCCUGACAUAUAGGCCUCCCAAACGUCUUUCUUAUCAUAAAGAUUGAUCAUCCAGCAUAGUACCAUUAUCAUCAUGAGCUCUACUAAGACCGCAUUCGCUUACGAGGAGCCCUUAAUCCACACCAUCCUCAAUCAGUCCGGCUUCCUGCUAGUCCUCAAUCUGAUCAACGUCUGCCUGGACAAGCUGCUCUACUGCGGGCUUAUCGGCCAACUCUUCAUCGGCAUCCUCUGGGGUACCCCCGGCGCAAAAUGGCUCAGCGACGACGCGGAGACCGUAAUCCAGCAGCUCGGAUACCUGGGCUUAAUUCUGCUGGUCUAUGAAGGAGGCCUGUCGACCUCACUUUCUUCGCUGCGAGCAAACCUCUUCCUCUCGGUCGCCGUGGCGUUGACCGGGAUCGCUACCCCCAUGGCUCUCUCUUUCAUUCUCAUGGAACUGGUCUCAGCAACCCCAUUGCAAGCCUUUGCUGCUGGGGCGGCUCUCAGCGCUACUAGUCUGGGGACCACGUUUACUAUUCUCUCCACCACGGACCUUGUCAAGACACGCCUGGGUGUUGUAACUACGAGUGCGGCGAUGCUCGACGAUGUCGUGGGGCUGGUAAUGGUCCAAAUCAUCACGAACCUUGGUGGCGGCGGCGGCGGCGGCGGCGGCGGCGAUUUGUUCAGUGCGGUGACUGUCAUUCGGCCGAUAUUCGUAUCGCUCGCCUUUGGUGUGGGCGUUGUGCUUGUUUGCCGGUUCGGUGUAAAGCCUACCCUGCGGGUCCUCUUUUCGCACCGGGAAAAUUUUCCCAAUGCUGUGAAGACAGUUCAGUUUUCUUUCCUGGCUUAUACGUGUCUCUUGGUGGGGCUGGUCGCAGGUGCUACCUACGCAGGGACGUCCAGCUUGUUUGCUGCAUAUCUUGCGGGUGUGUCGGCGACGUGGAUCAGUGACUUCUUCGAGCAAAGCUCGGCAGCCAAACAUCACAAUAGCUCUGGGUCUACUACUGGGUAUGAAUUAAGGACUCAGAACGCCUCCCUGGAGCGUGCGUUCAGCCAGCGAAGUGUGACUUCCGAGCGGAAUGAGCAAGGAAACACCUCGCAAUCCGGCGCCAUGAGCUCGUCUUUCCCAGAAUUUCCCACUGGCUCGCUGGUCUACGAGAGGUAUUAUGCGGAACCAGCCAAGAGAAUCCUAAUUCCUCUCUUUUUCGCCUCGAUCGGAUUUGCUGUCCCGAUCACGGAAAUGUUCAAGGGAGAUAUUGUCUGGAGAGGAGUCAUCUACGCCAUCAUCAUGUUCUUCGGGAAAGUUGUGACAGGUACCUGGCUGGUCAGAUUUACCUUCGGGCCGGUGUCGAGCUUGGCCCGGACAUUGACAGCCUUCCUCUCCUACGUCAAACUGGUCUGUGCCCGUUCACCGCAGGCGAAAGUAGCAAAAGCGAAGCAAAAGACGACGAAGAGAGGGAACGCACGCUCGAGGGAUUCGAACAUUGCGGCCCCAGAUCAAUCCACAGAUAAGGUCGCCGGUAGCGCUACAUCGGCGUCAAACGGCAACAACUCUUCCGAGGGAGCUUCCGCCAGUUCAACUGCGAGAGAUCAUCCAGGGCCUGAACGUGCUAGCUCUUCUAGCUCUCUGCCUCCAAAGCCCAAAUCCCUGUAUCCAUCGUCACUAUUGGGUCUGGCAAUGGUGGCGCGAGGGGAGAUAGGCUAUCUCAUUGCGUCUCUCGCCGAAUCAAAGGGGAUCUUCGGUGAAGGACCAACUGGGGGCUCUUCAGACACUUAUCUAGUCGUCGUCUGGGCAAUCUCGAUCUGCACCCUUCUUGGUCCCAUUUGUGUGGGUACGCUCGUCCGAAGGGUAAAGACCCUGCAGCAACAGCGGAGCAACUCGGGUGGCCCAGAUCCGCUGGGUGUGUGGGGCAUUUGAUUAUAGUGGUUGUCCAUAUGCGAUGGCGACCAACUAGUUAGGACUUGGUGAGAAGUCCAGUUGUGUAUACCCGAGUUGCUGUAUAUAGACGCAAGCUAGAAAUGCAUAAACUGUAUAGUG